CCGCCGCUAGCGCCGCACGCGUUCGUUGUCUGCUUGGAGCGCCUUCCUUCCCGCGCUUCCUUUUUUUUUUUUAAACCUCUUUAUUUUUUUUUUUCCCAAUUUCUUCGUUUUUAACUGAAUUUCUUUUAGUUAUUUUAAUUUCCCUUUUUACCUCGCCAUGCCCGCCGACACGGGCAUGGAAAAACCCACCGCUUCCCCUAUCGCGGGGGCACCGGCCAACGCCAGCCACACGCCGGAUAAACCGCGGAGCGCCAGCGAGCACCGGAAGGUAAAUGGCAGCGGAUGGCGGCGAGCCCGCGGCCGGGCCGAGUCCUCCAAACCCAUCAUGGAGAAGCGACGGCGGGCGCGCAUCAACGAGAGCCUGGGGCAGCUGAAGAUGCUCAUCCUGGACGCGCUGAAAAAAGACAGCUCGCGGCACUCCAAGCUGGAGAAGGCUGACAUCCUGGAGAUGACGGUGAAGCACCUGAGGAACCUGCAGAGGGCACAGAUGGCCGCUGCCCUCAGCGCUGACCCCAGUGUGCUGGGCAAAUACCGGGCUGGUUUCAAUGAGUGCAUGAACGAGGUGACGAGGUUCCUGUCCACGUGUGAGGGGGUGAACGCUGAUGUGCGAGCCCGCCUGCUGGGCCACCUCUCUGCUUGCCUGGGGCAGAUCGUGGCCAUGAACUACCUGCCCCCCCCUCCUGCUGGCCAACCUGCACAUCUGGCUCAACCUCUGCAUGUCCAACUGCCUCCUACCACCACCGGAGCUGUGCCGGUGCCGUGCAAGCUGGAACCAACCGAAGCUCUUUCCCCUAAAGUCUAUGGGGGUUUUCAGCUCGUUCCAGCCACCGACGGUCAAUUUGCCUUCCUCAUCCCCAACCCGACGUUCCCACCUGGCUCUGGACCGGUUAUCCCACUCUACGCCAACUCCAACGUCCCAGUGUCCACAAGUGGAGGCUCUGGGAAUUCAGCCAGCACCCCGUCAGCAUCCCCCGUGCAGGGUUUGACAUCAUUUGGGCACAGCGUGGUGCCCGCAUCCCAGGCAGGCAGCCCUAUUGCUGAGCGCAGGGAGUCCGUCUGGAGGCCGUGGUGACCAAUCCCAUCCCUCAUCCCAAAAACUCUGCCUUGGCUCCGUUCUAUGGAGCCCUGUUGUGGUUGUUGUAUUUUUCCUAAGCAGAUUUCAACAUGAGGGGGAAAAAAAAAACACAAAAAAAAAACAAAAGGACCUCGCUAGGAACUCGCUAUUUAUUAUUCUCAGAGGUUGGGAUCUCGAUUUGUAUUUUUACUCCUUUGAAAUGCCUUUAUUUGAGAUACAUUUUUUUUUUUUUUUUAAUUAAGGAGAAAUAAAUGAGAAAUAGUUUUGUAACAAAGAACUCAAAGUACGAUGCCAAAGUUGUUUGUAUCCCCGUCGGUCCGUGCGUGUGUUGCGUGUGCCUGUGUUGGAGACCUCCAAAAACAAAAAGGAACAAAAUAAUAAUAAUGCAGGUGUCGAAAUAAACUCUUUGAAAUAGAA